CCACAGCCACAAACAAUUAUAGCCUUAUCUAUCAAAUAUUUGUUUGUGGAGGAAAAAAUAUUCGCAUUCGCAAGGGCAAUUCUACGUGUGGAAAUGAAAGCAAACACAAUCUAUCAAGACUCACACAUGAUCAAGAAACAUUGAAUUUUUGUCAUGAAUUGUAAUCAUAAUCCAUGACAAUUUAGUGAGCAUAUGAUCAUGUUAGAUAUCAAAUUAGAUGUCAUGUAAUGAUGAUGAUGAUAUGAUCAGAAUGGACUACUUAGUGAUCAUACAUUUUAGAGAGAGGGUGUUGUAGCAUUCUUCAUCAAAUCAUUGGUUCUUGAGAGAGAGAGAGAGGUGAUGGCUCAUUUGCAUCACAAUCUCCCCAUUGUGGCUAAAGGGUCCGGACAGGAACUCUUUUGGAGAUGUCGAGGAAUGAUGUUUUGCAACAUGGGUUUAGGUUUACCCAAUCAAAGAAGAGGUGGAAGAAUCAAGAAUAGAGGGUUCGUUCAUUGGUGCACUUCUUCAACAUCGACACCAACAUCAUCAUCGGCCGAUCAGCAAGCGAAUUUGGCCGGUGGUGAGAAGCUCGACUCGAGAAUAAACGAGGACGAUAGGGUGCUACACUUCACUUCAAUAUCUGCAGAGCAUUAUGUGAGUUCGACCCACGAGAAGCUCGACUCGAAAAUAAACGAGGACGAUCUACGUUAUCUCGUUCGAGAUGGCAAGUGGCAAGUGAGAAGAAUGUUGGAGACACAGGAAGAAAUGAGAGAAGUAGCCAAUGUUCAAGCUGAGGCAUUCCAUGAGCCGGCCUUCUUCUUCGAUGAUGUAUUCUUCAAAUUCUUCAAGGCUGAAGUGUUUGCAGGGCUAAUGUACCGGCUGAGAAACUCGCCUCCGGACAGGUAUGCAUGUUUGGUAGCAGAGGCCAGAGAUGAAGUCCAAGUUUCAAAGAAAGAGGUUGCAGGAGUAGUGGAUGCAACAGUUCUAAGGGAAGAUUCUGUUCUCGAGCAUCUCCUAGGGGCAAAAGAGUACAUUUACGUCUCCGGGAUCGCCGUCCUAAACAAAUUCAGGUUCCAAUCCCACCAAAAUUUCAUCAAACGGAAGCGCCAACUAACUAAAACCAGCCACCAUUCAUUUUUGCAGGAGGCAGAAGGUGGCCACGGCGUUGCUCAACGCCUGCGACGCACUCUCGGCUACGUGGGGCUUCGACUAUCUCGUCCUCAGAGCUUACGAGGACGAUCAUGGGGCGAGGAAACUGUACACAAACGCGGGCUACACGGUCGUCUCACAAGACCCUCCGUGGACGACUAGCUGGAUCGGGAGGAGGAGACGCGUUCUCAUGGUUAAACAGAUUAACAUUUAGGGGAAUUUUGUGUGACAUUUUGCUCACAAAAUCAUCAACACAACUUUCACAUAGCAACAUGUAAGGAAUUCAAAUCAAAUUAAUGAUACGCAUGUCUUUGUAAAUGUCAA